ACGCCUGGAAGCGUCCGUUGCGAUUUGUUUGCUUGAAACAUAACCCAGAUCGACACGUCCUUCAGGUCAGUCACAAGUUGUGUUUUACAUGAAGAAACUUUACUGAAUCUGACGGGAAUUUUGUUCCACCGGAAUCUGGAGAAAUGGCGACCGUGGAGCGGCUGAACCUGCCCCAGCGGACGGGUUCGGCUCAGGGCUACUUCGUCAUGCCCAAGACUUGGACUUCUCAUCUCGGCUCGCCGGCCCGCGGGUCUGACGUGUCUCUGCCUGAAUGGAUGAACUACUCCCUGGAUACGAAGAUGCCGCUGAUACCGGGGAUAGAGAAAGCUAUGGUGCUGUACACAACCAACCUGGGAGAAAGGCUUCACGCCAGACCAGAUGACCAUGACUUUGACCUGACGGACCCUUGUGGUCACCAAAUGUCCACAGAGUACAGCCUCCUGCACGACCCACAUCUCAAACCUUUCUACAGCAGCCCGAGGGUCAAGCACAGACUGGUCAAGAACGGCUUCAUCACGGAGGACGGGAAGGUACUCUGUACUCUGAAGGAGUUUAACCAGUACAGACAGUACUUACGGAAGAUAAGUCUGGACCAUUACAGAAAUGAACGGCGCAGACAGCUGGAAGAUGCGGUUUUGGCGCGGGAACGUGCAGUACUGAAGAAGAAGGAAGACAAGGCGCAGACUGAGUCACUACAGAUCAUCAAGAGUCGGCGGGACAAGGCGAAGGAGACCCGACAGAAGCUGGCGGAACAGGAGGAGGCUGCCAGGCGCAGGUACAUGACGAUGAUGAGGAAGGAUGCCACCAAGAGAAACCUGCUUCAGAUGGAGAAGACUUUGAAUCAGGAGAAAAACAGGAAGGAAAAAGAAAAGGAGUGGGAGAAUCAAAGGUUCAAGUUCCAGUUAAAACAAGACAAGGACCGGCGGAGGCGUAAGAAGAUGAUGGAGUCGUGGAAGGUUGAGGAGAAGGAGAGACAGCGGCGGCUGGACGAGCGCAGACGGCAGGAACAGAGAGAGAAAGAGGCAAAGACAAUGGAACACUUUGUGGAGCAUGCGCGGUUACGUGCGCUGCAGCGGGAGGAGAUGUUACGUGUUGAGGAGGAGGAGAGACUGAGGAGACAGGAGAACAUCCGGGCACGCGAGGCCGCCAUCCAGGCACAGCGACAGAAACAGUACGAAACUUUCCUGAAGAGAAAGCAGCGGCAACAGGAGCGGCGAGAGCGUACCCAGAAAACCCUGCUGCAAAUGUGGAGGGACAAAACUAAAGCAGACCAGAGUGGGGGGAAAGCAGACGGUUCGGGCGGCGGUAGGACCGGGCUGUUCUCCCGCUUCAUGGGCGUGACUGAGGGGGCCGAGCCCGCGAAAGGAGAAGCUGAAAAGAAAGGUUUAGAUCUGGGCAGGCUGGUAGACCGUGCUAUAGACAAGGCCAUGGAGGACUUCGAGACACCCCCGUCCUUACCGCCAGGGGAACAGUCAGAGGAACCAGCACACAGAUCAGUGGAAGAGAUCGCCGCGUCCAUCAAAGAGCCACAGGAGACACCUGUCACGAAGAAAACAGUGAAAAGAAAGUUCGGCACAAAAGGGAAGAAGAGGUCAAUCAAGUUCAAAGUGACCAAAGACUCCAUGGCACGCCUGAAGAACGAGUUCCACGGGGCACAGAUGAUCGACAUGGAUGAGAUGGAGAGACAAGAAGAAGAGAAGACCAGACAGGCAGAUCUGUUGAUCAGGCAGCUUCAGACAGACUUCCCCGGGGCUAACGUGUCGUUAGAGGAUGAUGAUGAUGAUGAAGAAGAAGAGGUCCUGGAGGAAGUUGAACUCCAGCAGGUUCUUUCCCGCUCAGAAACCACCCUACUGCACAUGCGCGCAGCUGAGAUCGUCAGGGCUGUCAUGGAAACCGUCUCUAAGGUGAUAAUACCCCGGAUGUUGAGCGAGAUGGACAUAAUAAAGCAGACGGCAAGAGAGUUUGUUCCGUGGGUGAUCGGCGGUGUUCAGCAGGAACUUCGCAGGUCCGACUCGCGGGUCCUCAGCCGAGUUGCCAGUGACAUGGUGACGUCAGCUCUGGAAAAGUUACAGACAGAAAUGACGGAGGACGUUCAAGAUGGUGGCACACACCGAGCCAGUCGGGCAGCGAGCCAGCUGGUAUCUUCUGUCAUUGAUGGAGUGAGGAAGGAGUUUUCCAAUGAGGACAUGGUGCAGGGCAGAACCAAAGAAGUAAGGACAUCCACGUCUGACAGCAGCCUUCUGAGUCAAACAGCUCGUGACAUCGUGGCUUAUGUGACGGACAGUGUGACGAAGGAACUGACGGGCCAGCGUGCAGAUGGCAUGUCCGCCAUGUCAGCCACAAAGUCGUGCUCAGACACGUCUGUCAUCAGCCGCACGGCACGGCAGGUUGUUUCUUCCGUGGAGAAUAUAGCUAAAACCGCGUCGAAGGUUGAGCCCGCCCUUUCUGAGUCUGAGACAGUCCGGGAAAUGGCCAGCCAGAUCACGUCGUGGGUUCUCGAAAGGGUGCGGCAGGAAAUGGCGGACGGGUCGUCAGAGGCGUCUGCCGAAAGUUUCGACGACAGCUGUCUGGAGCGAGAAUUACUCCGGACGAUGCGAGCCGACUCCACGCCUGUCGACGAACCAUACUCACGGCCGUUAUCUCCUGAACCGUCCAGCGACGUGGAGAUAUCCCGGGCAGGAUCCAAACAAAGCACCGUUUCAAAACCUAAAGUGUCGAAGUCACGAAAGCCAUCCAAAAGCGAAAUCACUUCAAGACGUGUAUCCAUGGAGUCAGUCGGAGUCUCUGCUAGGGCGUCACCUUCCAAGGAUGCCAUGCCGUCAACAUCUUCUUCCAGCCACAAAGUAAGGCUUUUGGCGCUGACAUCCCGGACAAGUGUAAAGACAUCUCCAGUAACGUCAACAACACGGCCCUCCCCGAAAACGUCCAGAAGCAAAGCCAUGUCUACACGAAAGUUGUCCAGAACCUCAAGAGAAUCUGUUACCAGUCAGUCCAAGAAAUCGAAGUCCGACAGUGUCGUAAAGAGAUCGUCAAAUAAAAUAACAUCAACGUCUCUUAGCAGUCACGCCAUGUCACCCACAGCAUCGAAGUCAUUUCAACAACGAUCUAAUGAAAGCUUUCGAUCGUCAAAAAAGACUUCCUCACCAAGUGUCCGACGGUCGUCUUCAAAAGUGUCCUCGACAGUAGAUGACAAAGUCACCGCCGCAAGUACUGCAGAUAAAUCUGACGCAGGAUCAACGGACAGACCAGCAGAAGCUGCUCCUCCUAAAGACGGAACAAUUUCUCCCAAGAAAUUUGUGUCAGCAACCCAAGCUUCUUCUGAGCACAAGGAGCCUGUCCAAAAAACGUCUUUGCAACUUGAACACCAAUCCUCCAGAGUUUCUCCGAAGUCACCGGCUUCUGAGGUCAUACAGCCGUCAACACAGACACAGAUGGGUAAGGCAUCCGGGCAAACUUCCAGUGACUCUAACAGCUCUGGGAGAAGGGCGUCCAUAUCUGCCCCUGGUAUAGACGUCAGGCGGUCUAGUUUGAAAAGCCUGAAGGAAACACCUGUGCGCGGCAGGUCGAGUGGAGUUGUAGUGCGCAGCGGCCCGUCCAUGUCGGGAUCAGAUGUCAGGGGAAUACAGGAGAAGCGGGAAGAACUGGAGUCGACAGGUUCGAAGCAGAGAGUUGUGAAGACGGCACCGUCGACUCCUCUUCCUGAAGACGAUGCCGGGGAGUCCGUGAUGCCGUCGUCACACUCAGAAGGUAGUGUUAAAGCCAGGACGUCUGUAAAUAAAGUAAGUUCAACGCCGAGCGCCUGGAGCGCACCACCUUCUAAAAAGACGUCGUCCCGAUCUCUGACUAAAACACGUGAUUCACAGUCAGAUCUGACGUCACCAUCGGGCACAAACGUCUCAGCCAGGAAGUCGACAUCAAAACCUACGUCACAAACAGGUAUUGCUACGUCACAGUUAGGGUCUAGUUCGAGAACGCCAUCGUUCGAGAAAACGCCUUCCAAGUCCAGUAUCAAGGCCAGUUCGUCCAAAUCAACCUCAAAAGUAACAACAACAUCCCGUUCAAGCAGUUCCAGUCUGCGAAAAACAAAGUCAGGGGCACCCAAAGGUAUUGCCACGCCUGCUUCGGAAGCAAAGUCGGGGACAAGUGUUCGUUCGUCACGAUCAGGUGGUAGCAAAGCAUCGUUAGUAAAAAACACUAAAUCUUUUUCAAACGUAAAGCCGUCACAAUCCAAAAGCAAAGACAGCAUCAAAGAUAAAGCGGAAAUCAAAGUUGAGUCAAACACUUCCAGACAAGAGUGUGAAGAGAUAAAACAGCCUGGGGAGAUGGAAGGGGAUCUUGAUGAAGAUCUACACCUUGACGACGACGAGGGGCGAGACUUCGAAGGGGACACCGAGGAACCUUCUGCCAAGGACAUGCAGCUGCUUGGGCGUGAAACAGAGAUGAGUGACGUAAGCGACGCCGAAGAUGAAGAGGUACUGACAGAGACGGAAAAUGUGGUCAUUAAGAAGAGAAAGGAGAGUCUUGUGGGUUCAGGGCCCGAGGAGGAGCCAACAACAAUGCGCGGAUCCAGAGCUUCGAUGAAAAGUUAUCGGAGACACAGUAUCGCCGGGUCCUGUGCCACUAUGGAGGUGGACCGGAGUGAGUGCGCCCCGCUGGCGCCCACCAUGCAGGGGCGGACCGUGGACCUAGAUGACGACCUUCGGGAGAACCUGUCGGCAAUCUCCGUCAAAGCCAGCUACCAGGACAGGAUGCAGGACGAAAUAACGCCCCGAAACUCUUUCAGAUGUCUACAGAGACCUGAGCUGUCCAAUACGCAGGGACUAGAGAGAGAAGAGUCCCUGAGGUCUCUCAUCACGAAACGGCGCAUGUCCAUGCCGUCAGGCGCCACCCUGGCCUCUUUCCGCGCAGAAAACUCCUCAGAGGACAUUGUUCAGGUCAACACCAUGUUUGACGUCGGCGAGUUUUCCCGGGGAGUCCGGCGGUACUCAGAGGUGCCGAGGAAACCUGAGGGCACUUAUCGGCCCGAGGUAGACUCUUCUGCAAGCCUGGAAAAAAUCCUGGAGACCAAGGAAAAGCCUUGAUUUCCACGUGUGGACAUGGUGUUUGGAAGUCGGACGAAUAAUCUGGAGUCAUAAUUUCCGUGAUGAUGACUACCUAACACCAGUAUGCCCCUCAUUGUUGACUUUUGGUUAAGUUGCAGUAGGAAAAUUACAAAACCCGGGCAUAUGUCCUGAUUCAGAAUUCAUCCUUAUGCAAUUUCUUUGCGAUGAUUUAUUUAUUAUGUUGCAGUAUAUUUAUGAAUGUUGCCGUUUUAGUCGUCAAAAUCCCAGAAGUAUUCACUUAAACAUGACUUCUGUACACGUCGCAUACACACAAGCAUUUUUUUGAAAUGUCUUUUAACUGCACAUGUAAAUGGGAAAUUUAUGGUGAUGAUGAAGUUGUUAUUGUGCUAAAUAAAGUUCAAC